AUGGCGAGGAAGCUUAGUGCAUUGGAAAUCCUUCUGAUCAUCUUCAUCAUAAUUGUACUUGCUGUAGAUAUCCUCUUGCUGAUGCUUCUGUUGGAGAACCCUCCAGGUGCUUCAUUUGUUCCAGAGUGCCCCGAAAUCCCCGAAUCAGAAAGGAUAGAGUGUGCCCCUGGCCAGGAGGUGACAGAGGAUGUCUGCAGACAGAAAUAUAAGUGCUGCUGGAAACCUGUGCCAGAUACUGCCAUCCCCUGGUGCUUCUUCCCCAGGAACUGGGGCUACGAAAUCAGCAAUUGGGUUAAUAAUACAAGCACAGUGUAUAAAGCCCAGUUGAGAAAGUUGCCAUCACCAUCUCUGUUUGGAUAUGACAUAAUCGAUGCCGUCUUCACAGCUGAACAUCAGACAUCCAAUCGUUUCCAUUUUAAGAUCACUGAUUUCAAUAACAUGCGCUAUGAAGUCCCCCAUGAAAAUGUUAAGCUCUUUGAUGUGAAUGCUGGUGCUUCCAAUUUGAACUAUCAUCUAGAAGUCAUUCAAAAACCCUUCAGCAUCAAAAUAAUGAGGACCAGCAACAAGAGAGUCUUGUUGGACACCAGCAUCGGGCCCCUCCAGUUUGCCCAGCAGUACCUGCAGCUCUCCAUGCGACUGCCCAGUGCCAACGUGUACGGGCUGGGCGAACAUGUGCACCAGCAGUUCCGUCACAACAUGACCUGGAAGACCUGGCCCAUCUUUACCCGGGAUGCCACCCCCACCGAGGGCAUGAUCAAUCUAUAUGGAGCUCACACAUUCUUCUUGUGCCUGGAAGACUCCAGCGGCUUCUCUUUCGGGGUUUUUCUGAUGAACAGUAACGCCAUGGAAGUCACCCUUCAGCCUGCUCCUGCCGUCACUUACCGCACGAUCGGGGGUAUUCUUGACUUCUAUGUGUUCCUGGGAAAUACUCCAGAACAAGUGGUUCAGGAAUACCUGGAGCUUGUUGGACGACCAUUCUUGCCUCCCUACUGGAGUCUUGGGUUCCAGCUUAGUCGCAGGAAUUAUGGUGGCAUUGAUGGAUUGAAAAAUGUUGUAAACCGAACUCGUGAAGCUGAGAUCCCAUAUGAUGUCCAGUAUUCUGACAUUGACUACAUGGAUGAAAAGAAGGAUUUCACCAUUGAUGGAGUGGCUUUCCACGGUCUCUCGGACUUUGCCAAUGAGUUACAUGAAAAUGGACUGAAAUAUGUAAUUAUUAUGAAUCCGGGCAUCUUAAAUAACUCUGACUACCAGCCUUUCGUGAAAGGAAGCAGAAAGAGAGUUUGGAUCUUGGGGGACAAAGGCUUUGCUGUUGGGCAGGCAUACCCUGGUUGGACAGUUUUUCCUGAUUUUACUAAGUCAGAUGGUACUGAGUGGUGGAAAGAGCAGUUCAGUGAAUUUUAUAAAACUCUGGAGUUUGAUGGAGUGUGGAUUGAAAUGGAUGAAGUAUCUAGCUUUCUACAAGGUUCUGACCAAGAGUGUGAAGUAAACAACUUCAACUUUCCUCCUUUCAAACCUCGAGUUUUGGACGGCUUGCUUUUCUCAAGAACCCUCUGCAUGGACACAGAGUUUUAUGGGGGCCUUCACUACGAUGUCCACAGCUUGUAUGGCUACACCAUGGCAAGAGCCACAGACUCGGCCAUGGGGAAUAUCUUCUCCAAUAAGAGACACUUCAUCUUAUCACGUUCUACUUUUGCGGGAUCUGGCAAAUUUGCUGCUCAUUGGUUGGGGGACAAUGCAGCCAGAUGGGACGAUCUCCGAUGGUCCAUCCCUGGUAUCCUGGAGUUCAACCUAUUCGGCAUCCCCAUGGUAGGUGCCAACAUCUGUGGUUAUACAGAGAAUGUCACAGAGGAGCUCUGCAGACGGUGGAUGCAGCUGGGAGCAUUUUAUCCACUGUCGAGGAAUCACAAUGGGCCUGGGUUCAGGGACCAGGAUCCUGCUGCCUUCAGUGAAAACAAUGCUAUGCUGUUGGAAUCCUCCAGAUACUAUCUGAACAUCCGCUACACCCUGCUGCCCUAUCUCUACACCCUUUUCUACCGAGCUCAUACCCUGGGGGAGACCGUAGCAAGGCCCCUCGUCCACGAGUUCUACCAGGACCCAGCUACCUGGGAGGUGCAUGAGCAGUUCCUCUGGGGACCUGGACUCCUCAUCACUCCUGUUUUAUAUGAAGGUUUGAACUAUGCAAGAGCAUACAUACCUGACGCCAUCUGGUACGACUAUGAAACGCAAGUAGCCAUAGAAUGGAGGAAACAGUUUGUGGAGAUGCUUCUGCCAGGUGAUAAGAUAGGACUUCACCUCCGAGGGGGCUACAUCUUUCCCACCCAGAAGCCAAACACCACCACAGAGGCCAGCCGGAAGAACUCUCUGGGACUCAUCAUUGCCUUGGACUAUAAGCGAGAAGCAAAGGGAGAACUGUACUGGGAUGACGGUGUCUCUAAAGAUGCUGUAACUGGAAAUAAUUAUAUUCUGUAUAGUUUCUCCGUCACCUCUAAUCGUCUCCUGGCAACGAUUAUACAUGCUAAUUAUACGGACCCCGACAAACUCACAUUUACAGAUAUCACAAUCUUGGGAAUGGACAAGAAACCUACUAAUUUUACUGUCUCCCUAAAUGAUGCUACCACCCCCAUUUCAAACGUUGCCUACACAGAAUCAACGAAGGUGGUGAACAUCACUGACCUCAAGGGACUGGUACUGGGACAAACAUUCUCCAUUCAGUGGGAUCUUCCGGUCAGUGACCUGCAGAAGUUCAACUGCUUUCCUGAGCAGCCCGCUGUCUCCGAGGAGAGUUGCAGGGAGCGGGGGUGCCUUUGGGAGCCCACGACUGUUCCUGGGGUGCCCACCUGUUUCUACGACACCAUCCCUAAUUAUACUGCCAGCAACAUUCAGUACCUGCCCACGGGCAUCACCGUAGACCUCACCCACCUGACAGCCUCGGAAGCUGCACAAGCCACGGUGCCACCACCAUCAUCACAGGACAAGCUACCCCCACCUGCAGCCGCAGCGAAGGCCGCCUCUGCCUCCGACACUCUCUCUGCAGCCAUCGGCUUUCUCCGCCUGAGUGUGAUCUACCACACAGAGAACAUGCUACAGUUCAAGAUCUAUGAUCCCACUAAUAAAAGGUACGAGGUCCCAGUGCCUCUGAACACCCCUUCAUCUCCAGUGGGCUCCCCUGAAAACCGUCUGUAUGAUGUCAAAAUUCAGAACAAUCCUUUUGGGAUCCAGAUUCGAAGAAAAAGCUCCAGAACUGUGAUUUGGGACUCUCAGCUCCCCGGCUUCACCUUCAGGGACAUGUUCCUCUCCGUCUCCACACGCCUCCCCUCUGAGUACCUCUAUGGCUUUGGGGAAACUGAGCAUACAACUUUCAGAAGAAACAUCAGCUGGCACACGUGGGGGAUGUUUGCCCGAGAUGAGCCACCAGCGUACAAGAGGAACUCCUAUGGUGUCCACCCCUACUACAUGGCCCUGGAGGAGGAUGGCAGUGCCCACGGAGUGCUCCUACUGAACAGCAAUGCCAUGGAUGUGACAUUCCAGCCUACUCCUGCCCUGACAUACCGCACCACAGGAGGCAUUUUGGACUUUUAUAUGGUUUUGGGGCCAACUCCUGAGCUUGUAACUCAGCAAUACACUGAGUUGAUUGGUCGCCCAGCAAUGAUUCCCUACUGGGCCUUGGGAUUCCAGCUGAGUCGCUAUGGAUACCAGGAUGAUUAUGAAAUCUCCAGUUUGUAUGAUGCAAUGAUGGCUGCUCAGAUUCCCUACGAUGUCCACCAUGUAGACAUCGACUACAUGGACCGGAAGCUGGACUUCACCCUCAGCCCCAGCUUUCAAAAUCUUGGUCUCCUGAUAGAGCAAAUGAAGAAAAAUGGCACGAGAUUUGUUCUUGUUCUGGACCCAGCCAUUUCUGGCAAUGAAACCCAGUAUCUCACAUUCACCAGAGGGAAGGAAAGUGAUGUGUUCAUCAAAUGGCCAGACAACAGUGAUAUUGUCUGGGGAAAGGUUUGGCCAGAUCUGCCCAACGUGAAUGUGGAUGGGUCCCUUGAUCACGAAACUCAGGUUAAGCUGUACAAAGCCCACGUCGCUUUUCCUGACUUCUUGCGGAAUAGCACGGCUACCUGGUGGAAGAGGGAAAUAGAAGAGCUCUACAGAAACCCUCGAGAGCCAGAGAAGAGCUUGAAGUUUGAUGGAUUGUGGAUUAACAUGAAUGAACCAUCAAACUUUGUGAAUGGAUCUGUCAGGGGCUGCAACGAUGAAAUUCUUAAUAAUCCACCCUAUGUGCCAUACUUGGUGUCCCGGGGCCAGGGCCUGAGCAGCCAGACCCUGUGUAUGGAGAGCCAGCAGAUGCUGCCAGACGGCUCGUCCGUGCGCCACUACGACGUGCACAACCUUUACGGCUGGGCCCAGACCAGACCCACGUAUGAAGCCGUGCAGGAGGUGACAGGACAGCGAGGGAUCGUCAUCACCCGCUCCACUUUCCCCUCUUCUGGCCGCUGGGGAGGACAUUGGCUGGGCGACAACACGGCCACGUGGGACCAGCUGAAGAAGUCGAUCAUUGGCAUGAUGGAGUUCAGUCUCUUUGGAAUCUCCUAUACAGGAGCAGACAUCUGUGGAUUCUUUGGAGAUGCUGAGUAUGAGAUGUGUGUUCGCUGGAUGCAGCUGGGGGCGUUUUAUCCAUUUUCCAGGAACCACAACACAUUUGGGACCAGGAGACAAGAUCCUGUGGCCUGGGACUCAGCCUUUGAGACGUUCUCAAGAAAAGUCCUCCAGACCAGAUACACUCUGCUUCCUUACCUCUACACUCUAAUGCAUAAAGCUCAUGCCGAGGGCAGCACUGUGGUCCGACCCCUUCUCCAUGAGUUUACAGAGGAACGCACAACAUGGGAUAUAGACCAUCAGUUCAUGCUGGGCCCUGCCAUCUUAAUUAGCCCAGUGCUGGAAAAUAACACUUUUCAGGUCCAGGCUUACUUUCCCAGAGCCCGAUGGUAUGACUACCACACGGGAUCUGGCAAUGAAUCAAUAGGUGAGUGGAAAGUCCUGGAGGCUCCCCUUGACCAUAUCAACCUUCAUAUCAGAGGAGGCUACAUCCUGCCUUGGCAAGAACCUGCGAUGAACACUCACUCCAGCCGACAGAAAUAUAUGGGACUGAUUGUUGCUUUGGAUGACAGUGGUAGAGCUGAAGGUCAGCUGUUCUGGGAUGAUGGACAAAGCAUUGAUACCUUUGAAAAUGGAAACUAUUUCUUGGUAAACUUUACAGCAGCUCAGAGUGUACUGCAAAUCCAAAUGAUACAUAAUAAUUAUUUGAGUGACUCAAAUUCACUGAAAGUUGGAUAUAUUAGAAUCUGGGGCAUAAGCUCUACUGAUAUAACACAAGUGACUGUCUCCUAUGACAAUCAACAAUUCAUGGUGAUGAAUUUCAAGAGUGACCCUUACAAUCAGACACUAAAUAUUCAAUUGACUGACAAGAAUAUCAGCCUGGAAAAGUUAACUGAGGUUACUUGGAUUCAAGGUGGUCCUAUAGUUUCUACUACAACUAUGACAAGUACCUUCCCAAUGAGUUCUUUAUAUCCUUCUACAACUCCUACUACCACUGCUACUUCUGUUACCACUAGUUCUUCUACUCCAAGUAGCAUGAGUACUACUGAGAGCAAUAGUGCUACUCUUCCUAUGACAACCACUUCUUUUCCAACGAGUGCUACUGAAGUUUCAACGGGUCCUACUGUUCCUAAUGCCAGUACAUCUUUCCCUACAAAUACUGCUGCUGAUAGCACUAAUGUUACUUUUACUGUCACAACCAUGCCUUACCCAACAACACUAAUGUUACUCUUCCUAUCACGGACAUUCCAUAUACAACAAGUGCUACUGAAGUUACAGCUAGUACUUCUGUCCCUAAUACCACUAUAUCUUCCCCUUUAA